ACUCGGAAUACAACAGCACGAAAACGAACGCACCGCUCGCUUCCGCCUCUCCCCAACCUCCGUAGUCCGUACCCUCCCCACCCCCACCGCCGCUCCGUCCGCAGCGGCGGCCGCCUCGGCUGAACCCCUCUCGGCGGCGGCGAUCGACGAUGGUGGUGGCCACGGAGGAAAUGGCGGUCUACUGCUUCGACACCCUCGUCGCCCACUACAGCGGCGAGCAGCCGCCGCCGCCCGCCUUCGACGAGGGCGUCCACCCACUGUUUGUCACCUGGAAGAAGGCUACCAAUGGUUCCGAGCCACGCCUAAGGGGAUGCAUCGGAACUUUGGAGCCCCGUCAGAUUGUAAGCGGCUUCAAGGAUUACGCGCUGACCAGUGCCCUGAGGGAUCGGCGCUUUUCUCCGAUACAGUCCAAAGAGCUGCCGUAUUUGGAAUGCACGGUUUCUAUAUUGACUGAAUACGAAACUGCACUCAACUACCUUGAUUGGGAGGUUGGAAAGCAUGGUUUAAUUAUUGAGUUCACCGAUCCUGACUAUAAUGUAAGACGGAGUGGAACAUAUUUACCUGAGGUUGCUGCCCAUGAAGGAUGGACACAACUAGAGGCUAUUGACUCGCUCAUGAGGAAGGCCGGCUACAAUGGCACCAUCACUGAGUCUUUGAGGAAGAAAAUCCGCGUCACCCGCUACCAAAGUACCCUGUACACCAUGCAGUACGGUGAAUAUACUGCAUAUGUCAAGAAGAACAGAGGUGAAAUUAACGGGGCAUCCAUAGUUAAUGGAUUCAAACCAGGCCAGUGAUUUAUCUGUCUGUAGCAGGUAAUAUAAUUAUUUAUAAUUUGGCUUGGAAGCAAUUGGUGUGAGAAUUUGUUUGGAAAAAUCAGUUCUUGCCAUUGAUCUGCCAUCAUGCAUUUCGUUCCAAAGAAUGUGGGGUGCCAUGUCAACGGCCCCCAUGUCAUUUGAGACAAAUUAAAUGGUGAUGGUUAUGUAUCUGUAAGCCUAUGAACUUUGAUUACAAAUAAUUGCGUGAAAUUAAUUGAUUUAAGUUGUUCAUUCA